AUGAAACUGUUUAAUCCAUCCUGCAAUCAAAAGCUUAAAUUCCAAUUAAUGCUCCAAGCUUUUCACGAGAACAUCCCGAUGAGAACACGAGUCUUGUAUAUUGUUGACUUUUGCAUGUUGCCAUUCGUUUUAAAAUCAUCUGAAAUAUCACGAAAAUUUCACAAAUUAAUGACAUUACGAGGAAAUUUAUCAUUGAAAUGUGCAUGUUUACGAUAA